CUCGGAGUGACUUCCCUUGAUUGAAUACGGAAGUUAAAAAAGUACAUGAAAGUACAAUAUUUUCGUGACGUUUAUAUGCUCUGAAACAAAAUGACAGCUCUCAGUGAAGAAACAGCUACUAUUUUGAAGACUAGCGUGCUGAAUGAGCUCCGGCCUGCUUUGUGUCGAGAUCUGAACCCUGUGAUGCACUUUCCACAUCUGAAGUCAAAGUACAUUCUGAACAAAGAUGACGAGGAGAUAAUCAGCAGCAUACCCAUAAGUAGACAGAAGGUUGACAAGCUCAUUGAUAUUUUGGUACAGAAAGGGGAGAAAGGGUUUGAUGAGCUUGUACGUUCCAUAGUGAAGGAUAGAACCCAGCUGUUCCUGGCACAGAAACUCAACCAGGCAUAUGAGGAGAAGCAGAAAAGGCUCCAAGCAAUCGAAAUGGACCUGCGCCUUUCCCAGAGAGAAGACCAACAACGAUCUACUAGUAUGUCCCUGAGGCUUUCCCAGGGGCCUGUGGAACAUUGUAACAGCCCUGAACCCCUUGCCGAGCCUCCAAGUCUGAAACCAGUCUAUCCUCCACAGACUGGUUCACACGAGAAAAUAAAAUCUGGGGAGUUCAGAAGCUCUAUAUCUGACUUAGGAGUAGACACAGACAAGCUCCCAAAGCCAGUGAUGCCUUUAAUUGGUUUAUUGACAGAUAAGGAAAAAGAUGAGGAGUUAAAAAAGGCUGAGCAAUCUCUGAAAGAAGAUAGCUUUGACGAAGGAUCAGAUGAUUUUGAUAAGAAUAAGGUGGUGAUCAUUGAGGUAGUUGAUGGAAACGAGUCUAAAGCAUAGCAAUAUUUAUUUUGGUUUCAACAUAUCAACAUUAUGGUUACUGAACCCACAGCCUGAGUCAUUGAAAUUAAUCACAAGCUCUUUUUAUAGUGUUUUUAUAAUUUCAAUCACCAGAGUAGAUGGUGAAGUCACUGAUUUUUUGUAUAUUUUCAAGACAAAGUUCAAUAACUAGCAUGUGUAUAAAUGAAUAAUGUUGUAUUUUAUCGGCACA